AUGCUCGCCGCAAAGCAAAUCAGCAACGAAGCUGGCACGGUACUCUACAGACAAAAGCCAUUCUUCGUGGUAAUUGACGCCUUCUCGAUGGACAUUCAUUUCUGCAACCAGUCCUUCACGUUGGCAACUUGUGGGAAGAUGCUCAACAAUGAGAAGCACCCCCAAACCGGGCACUUCAACACCAACUUUUGUGCCAUCACCAAAAACAUCAGAAAAUUCGUCGUCUUUAUCGAGUUCGAAUUUGAGUAUUGGGACCCACAGAUAAACCAACAGCGCUUGCGCAAUGUCAUUAACUUGUUUCUGGAGAUGAUUACAAGAGACCCUAGCAACCUGAAUAAAGAACACAGAACUAUUGUCGUAGAAUUUGGCCCGAUAUGUUGUAGGUGGCCAGGCCCACUCCUGCACGAAUGCUCUGCGGUCCUAGAAACAGCGCGAGAGAUUGUGGACACUUUCCAAGGUCUUGAGGACGUCUCAAUAAACUUGUCCUUCGAAAGCUUCUUCAUCAAGGCAUAUCGCUUCGAAGGUGGAUGGUGGGGGAUGAAGCGUGUGUCAUACAACACCCGGAAAGAGCGAGGCAGGUGGGUUGUGGAUGAUGGAGUAGAGGCUGCGACAUGGUUGCGAGGAGUCUAG